ACGCAGAGUAAGUGGGACUGUUAAUGUGUGUCACACGGCAUUAGAAGGGAGGAUAUUUCUAAUGAAGUAUAAACACCUAAUUGGAGCUACAACAUAUUUUGAUCCAAAAAAUGAAUACUUUUAGAUUGAUGGGAGACCAGCAGAACAUUUGGAGCCCAUAGAUCAUGGAGAAUGUGAGCACGCCUGCCGUGUUCAACUUAUCGGACCUAUUGGUGGACAUGAACACGUCGUCUCACCAGUGGUCUUACUCGGAGUACAGCGAGGCUGAGGCAGUGCUGUUGGGCAUCGUCAUGGCCCUGCUAGUGAUGGGCAUCGUCUUUGGCAACGUGCUGGUCAUCACCGCCAUCGUGCGCUUCCAGCGACUGCAGACGGUCACCAACAUGUUCAUCACCUCUCUGGCCUGUGCUGACCUGGUCAUGGGCCUGCUGGUGGUGCCCUUCGGGGCCUGCUACAUCCUCCUCAACACCUGGCACUUUGGCAGCUUCCUGUGUGAGUUCUGGACGGCGGCGGACGUCUUGUGUGUGACGGCCAGCAUCGAGACGCUGUGUGUGAUCGCGCUGGACCGCUAUCUGGCAAUCACGUCGCCGCUGCGCUACCCGUCCCUGCUGACCAAGCGCAAGGCGUGCGUGGUGGUUGUGACGGUGUGGGGCGUGGCCGCCCUCAUCUCCUUCCUGCCCAUCCACAUGAAGUGGUGGGUGUCUGACGAGCCCGAGGCACUCAGCUGCCUGGAGAACGCCCACUGCUGUGACUUCAACACCAACGCGGCCUACGCCGUGGCCUCCUCCGUCGUCUCCUUCUAUAUCCCCCUGGCGGUCAUGGCCUUCGUCUACGGACGCGUCUUCCAGGAGGCCAGGAAGCAGCUGCAGAAGAUCCGCGGCAGCGAGGGACGCUUCCACGCCCAGAUGAUCAACAACAACAAGGGGCAGGACGGUGGUGGAGGAGGAGGAGGAGGAGGGGGAAACGGGAAGAGGCCAAAGUUCUGUCUGAAGGAACACAAAGCCCUGAAGACGUUGGGUAUCAUCAUGGGCACCUUUACUCUCUGCUGGCUGCCCUUCUUUGUGCUCAACGUGGCUGUGACCAUCUGGAAGGUGGACAACAUUAAAAUGCCAUUCAGGAUAUUGAACUGGAUAGGAUACGCCAACUCAGCAUUCAACCCCCUCAUAUACUGCAGGAGCCCUGAGUUCAGGUACGCAUUCCAGGAGAUUCUGUGCCUCAGAGGGACUGCUUUCCCCACGAAUGAAUACAUAUACAGAGGACACAGCUUGCAGGUUAGCCAGAAGGAUAGGCCAGGCUGCUCUAUACAUGACGCUGGGACCAUGGAGCUGGGUGCUGGCUCUGGGUUUAGUGUCACCAACGCAAACAGGAAUUGCAAUAAACCUCCUCUUGCCUCCAUUGUCUGAAGCGCAGGGUGUUACCAGGAGACUGAUCUUUCUCGUUUAGUCAGACCUAGUGAGCAGGCAUGGGAUAGGAAAUGACGUGAAUCUUUUCCCCUAUUUUAAAUGUGUUACUAUAAGAAUAUUAUUCUAGUAAUGUGUAGGUUAUUAAAUGUUUGUUCAAGUUUUCAUCUUAAUAUUGAACAAUGUCUGCAAAAGACUUAGGCGGUAUAUUGUUUGUGGACAUGAGUAUGUGCACGUGUCAUGUACUCUAGUGCUUGUGCCUGUGUGCAUUUCAACACCAGGGUUCAGGUACUGAGUUCAUGUCUCCAGUUUGGUUGCACAAAAAAAUAGUUACUUUUUUCUACCUCAUCAGCAUUGUUUUGAUUCAUCUCCAUCUCAAAGAGCUUCAAGAACAAAUCAUUAUAGUCUGUUUUUAUGAACAUGUAUAAUGUUGUCUGUCAGUUGAACUGACUGUUCUUAGCUGGCAGUGGUCUGAAAGACAUGGACACGCCAGGGUAGGAGAGGUCCAGAGAAUUAACACGCAGAACAAAAGAUCAAAUCAGGGUUCUACAGUAAUAUAUGUGACCCCCUACUUGUGCCUGCAGCCAGCCCUCUGUCUGUAACACAUUCCAUAUUGAUAUGGGUCUCUCCCAGAGCCAGCCCAGGUGCUUCUGUCUGUCUGUGGGAUUCUGAACGCUCCCUCUGCCACGGCCCACAAAUCCGACUCUCUGACGAGGGACGGCAGGUGCACAUCAUCACAGGCAGGCGCCAUUACCAGCUGCACCACACCAACAAAUAUUUAAACAGUUGAGCAACGCUCACACUGCUCCGUCCCACUCCCUCCAACCACCCUUCAAUAUCUCAAACCUUCACCUUCCCCUCAAUAAUACCAUUUAAUAAGUGUUCGUUACAGACGCCUGUCCUGCCGCUCCUCAGACGGUGUGUGAGGACACACAGACAGACAAGCCUCGAUAACCCCUGCAAGCACUGUGUAGGUCAGAGCAGCAAUACCUUAAUGCUGGGUAGUGUGACCACCACUGUAUGUCAUUCUCAUACCAAUAUCCAGCCAGUAUAUUUAGUCUGUAAAGUUUUAUUUCGUAAUUGCUUUAACACUCUACCCUGCUGCUUCUCUGUGUUGUUAGUUGUUAAUGGCGACCGUGGGAACGGUUGUUGUUGUUGUUGUUGUUGUUGUUGUUGUUGUUGUGCUGCUUUCUGCUGUUGUUGCUCUAGUGUUUCAAGUUUUAUUUUGGGGCUGUUUAUUUCUUUAUUUGUUGCUGUUGUUUACAGUGUUUACAGAGAUUCCUGGACAAGCUGUCUGAUUUGGGAGACAAACAAAGUGUAGUAUAGAUAUAUGCAAUGUACUAACUAGCAAAAAUAUAAGGAAAUAAACCACUACAGUUAGGGAGAGUUGUGCCAAAGGGUUAGUUGAGCCACCCCUCGUUUUCUUGGAAACCAUACACACAUAAUAUUAUAUUUCCCUUGAGGUAGUGAUGCUGAAUGUAAAAAAAAAUGUCUCAACUUACCCCCACUCUCCCCUAUAGCUUUUGCAGAAUCUGCACAUAUUAUUGUCUGAGAAAGAUAAACUGUAAGAUUGGAACUUUUACUUGCAGAUGUUCUAUGUAGGUGCUCUCAGUGAUGAUGAUUGCUGUAGGUGUCCUCGACUUUAUACAGUUUUGCAGAUUUUUUUUGUCCAUGUGUUACUGAAAAGAAACCUUGAAAAGAAACCUUGAUAUCACACAGAUGUGAUUAAGCCUGUAAUGAACUAGGCUAACGGUCUAGCACACAGUGGGCUUCUAUUACAACACAGACUGUAUCGCACCCUCACGUCAGCCAGCCAAGUGAAACAAGUAACUCUGAAAUGGUCUCGUCAUGCUCCGACUGUAAAUAUUUAGAACGUAUAGGCCUAUACUAAACCAUGUUACUUUACAACUGCUUAGAUAGCUACUGGUAGCUUAGUGGUUGAGAGCGUAGUGCCAGUAACCGAAAGGUCGCUGGUUCUAAUCCCCGAGCCGAC